CAGAUGGCGCUGGUUUUUGUGUAUGAGUUGGAAGGUGAAGAAUCAUGAACCUCAUGAAAACUGUAUUUUCGCUGUUUAAUAUUUCGAGGAAUUUGUUUUGUUACCAACAUAUAAUUGAAUUUAAGUAAUAAUAAAUACUUUUGUUCGAGGUACUUUUAGGAAUACAUUUUAAAAUAUUUGUAUGUAAACUAUCUACUGUGUCAGUGGGAGAGACCUGUGAGUGUUCAGUUUUUCAAAUAAUGGAAAUGCAGGAAAUAAGUAGAAAAUUAAAAAGGGUCCUAGAUGGCUAUAUGUCGUCGAGGCGUGCUUUCCUCAUUGUUACUAUUGUUUUGGGUUUUCUGCUCUACUUUGGACCAUCCAUGUUUCGGUGGCUGAGACAAAAAACUCCAAUAAUGAUAGAUCCUAACAUAGGAUGUGUUGCCACACUUCUUGAUCCCUUCUCACUUGAAGCUAGUAGGUUUGAUGCUUCAAUACGAAAAAGUUAUGAACCUUCUGAUAACUCAUUCUUACCAUAUACAGGUAAUGGGAAACUUGGACUAUCUGUUGAAGAGAACAGUCAUUUGUACAUCAUGUCGAAGCGAAGUUUAUCUCUUCCCCUGCCAUUUCAACCUUUGAUCCAUGUGUCUUUGCCUGGGACUAGCAGCCAAGAGGGUGUGGCGGUAUCGUUUACCACAGGAAUUGUUCAUCAUUUUUAUUGUUUUAGUCAAAAGAGAAAGACAAUAGGUGUUUCACAACAAGUGUAUGCACAUCGUACCAUACCAGCUAUUUUGCUACAGAGUAUUAAAGUUAACAACCCCUUGAGUGAUGAUAUAACUGUUGUACUGAAGCAGAUCGGAGUAGUUGGUGAUCCUGAUGUUCAUACGCAGUUAAAAACCGUCCAGGGAAAUGAGGCUACAGAAUAUUACUUACAUAUAGGAAAAGUUGCAGUACCAGAUUCUGAAAACUUGGUGAUUGUUUUUGCCAUUGCAGCAGUUAAAGUACCAGACUCUGUUACUGUCACAGGAAGAGGCUCUCAGUCUCUACACUUCGGUUUAGUUCUUCACCAUUCACAUCCAAUGCCAAGUGGUGAAGUUGGCCAUAUUAGCAAAGAACUUGGAACAUUGGCAGAGGAGGAUAUCAAAAAAGUGUUAGCUGCUCAACCUGUGGCCUUAAGAAAAAGUCAUGUGCAGGCAUGGAAACAGCUGUGGAAUACAGGCUUUGGCAUCAGUUAUUCUCGAGCCCAGGGCACACUGAAUGGAGACAAGAUUAAUGCCACACUCUAUUAUGUACUGUCCCAAACUCGUGCUUUGACUCUGGAACUGACGACUACAUCAUCACAUCUUCAGGAACUGGAGUCAUGGCUUUCCUAUCCAGACAUGUGUUACAGAGGCCAUCACACCUUGCAGGCAUCAACCCUAUGGUCUGAACUUAAAACGGAGAAAGAAGUUAACAAUGUUGUUGCCCUCUGGCUGUUGACACUCGAUAAACAAGGAUGUCAUAAUUUGCUCCUGUCUGGUUCUGAAGGAGUCAUGCAGGCUAUGGUGCUGAGCUUUGGUGCUUUCAAGUUUAAUAACCACCAUCUUGAAUUUGCUACACAUCCAAAAGACCUUCAUCGAGAUUACUUCUUUCGUCGCUUGAGCUAUGGAAACUCUACUCAUUUAAACAUUAGUGUUGUAGUGGGAGAAGACAACAAGGCUGUCAUUUACAUAGCAUUAGAUCGUAGUGACAGGGACUACUAUGCUUGUGAUGGCGGCUGCCUAGACCCUCCUAUCAAGCUAAGGUUAUAACACUAUUAUAGGCAUGUUUAUA